GAAACCUACUAGUGCUCUUGCUAUUUUGAGAUAACAGAAGCAUGGCGAUCAUUAAAUUCUGGAGACUUAAAGACCAUCAUCUCAGAAAACUUUUCUAGAAUACUAAGUAACAGAUUUACAAUGGAGGAAGGCCAGCCAUAUUUAGGAGAAGGUGAGGAAGGACUGGAAGUUAAAGCCACGUCUCCUACAGCUGCUAUUUCAAUUGCCACUGCCACUCAUUCAAAUGAGGAAGAUAACUAUGAAAACACAGGUUCAUUUCAAGCAUUCCAAGAACAGGCAGAACCCGCCAAUCCUUCAGGUGACAAAAGUUCCAGAAGUCCCAACUCUUCCAUGACAACUAAAGAACUUCAAGAAUACUGGAGGGACGAGAAACGCAACUGCCGAGAAGUUAAAGUCCUUUUUGAAAUCCCCUCAGCCAAAAUUGUAGAGAAGCCCUUCACUAAAUAUGUGAAAUAUCAAAUUUUCAUCAUCCAGACUGGCAGUUUUGACAGCAACAAAUCAGUGGUUGAACGACGGUAUUCAGAUUUUGAAAGACUGCACACAAACCUUCUGGGGGAAUUCGCUGAAGAAAUGGAAGAUAUCACCUUUCCCAAGAAGACUCUGACUGGAAACUUCACAGAAGAAAUCAUCAUUGAGAGAAAAUUAGCCUUCCAGGAUUAUUUGCGGUUUCUGUAUUCUAUGGAAUGUAUCCGGACAUCGAGAAUGUUUAUUGACUUCUUAAUGAGACCAGAACUGGAGGAAGCUUACAGUUGCCUUCGAGGAGGACAAUACACAAAAGCUUUGGCUGGGCUUCUAGAUAUUGUAGUUCUGCAAGAGAAACUGACAAAGCACAGGCCCAUUCUGUUGGUUCCAACCCUCUGUGCCAUACUUGUGUGUCACAAAGAUCUUGAAAAUCCAAGGAGCGCUUAUGAAUUUGGAGAAAAAGCUUUACUUCGUCUCAAGAGGUACCCAGGCCAUCGGUAUUACCUGCCCCUGUUGGAAACCAUGAUUUCCUUGGCGUACGAACUUGGCAAAGAUUUCAUAUCCUUCCAAGAGAAAAUGGAAGAAAGGAAGGCCAAGAAACAUCAAAAUAAGAUGGUGACACUCAAAGAACUUGCUGUUCAAGAGUAUACCCAAUAAGACAAGGGUAGGGAACUUUAGUUCCUCAGACCAAAUCUGGAUCUCCUGUGGGCAUUGUCAUUACCAUCAUUACAGCGUUUGUAUGAUUUUCCCCUCCUUCUAAAAUGUUUAGCUUCCUUUCUUCAGGCUUAGUGACUGAGAGAGCUUAAACCUAAGAUGUGCUGUAUUUUUGAUCCCAUAGUUUUGCCUUUGACACUUCCCACCACUGGGAUGUGACCCCAGAAAAUUUCUCUGAAGAAAACAAUUGCCUCUCCUAGUGCAAGAGAUUCUUCAUUUUGGUACUAAGAGGAAGAAGAGAUAGCACAAAGGGAUUAAAUCACCUUUCUGAAAGAGGAAGGAUGGAAGCUGUUUGGGGCUUUGCACUUGGUGGGGAUGGUGCAGGAGACUAAAUGAUAAGGAUUGACAGAAUGACUCAUAUAUAACCUACUGUUCAUCAAUAGUUACUCAGGUUCAGAUACAGUGAGACAAUGGACCUUUCAUCCAUAACGACAACACACACAUGCAACUACAGACUGAGUUUCCUUUAUCCCAUAUGCUUUAGGCUAGAAGUAUUUUAGAUUUCAGAGUUUUUCAGAUUUUUGAAUAUUUGUGCAUACAUAAUGACGAUGGGACUAAUGGGAUCUUCACGAUGGGACCCACGUCUAAACAUGAAAUUAAUUUAUGUUUCACAUACUUCGGGGGUAGGGCUGGCGUAGAGCAUGGACAGUAUACCCACUUGAUGCAGACUUCUGGGCAUAGUAAAAAAAUAAAAUAAAACUUUUCAAGUUUCUACACCUGAA